AGUUGGUAAAAGUGUACGUAAGAGAUUGGGUCUCGAACUUGAGGCGUGCCUUACUGUUUCCCGUGAAAGUCACAUCUGUCAAGAGACUUUUUUGCUGCUUUGACAGAUGACUUUUACGGGAAACAGUGAGGGAGACCAGAGCCUCUUACCCAAGUAACCGUAAAAGUAGAAAAAUCAUCCUUCGAAUGAGGCGUGCUGCCCCAAUAUUCAAACAGAGACAAAUCUCAAUACGACUCAGUCGCUGGAUCAUCGAGCCUGCUGCUGCCACCAACCACCAUCCCAAUCUUGUUUCAUUGGUUUGUUUUUAUCCUUUGAGAGAAAUGAUUGCGUGCGGUUUGCAUGCUAUUGUAAGCCUGCCGGGUUGCUAAAGUUCCCAGUGGCACCCACAAUCUACAUAUGAUACUGUCUGAAUUGCUAUACACACAUGUGCAUAUACUGAAGGGUUUUGCUGCAAUAGUAUUAUUUCUGAUCGGUCGAUUGACUCGGGGGUCUGAGUUGAUUGACAGAGGAGACACGCCCUCCCAUUCGCUAUCGACUAAGGCUGAAUGCGUGUAUCCAAGUCCUAAGACUUUUGCUGUUGAGGAAGACGGAGGUGAAUUGAUGCGCGUUCUCUUACCAAAAUGUUUAGCUGUAACGGGUAUUGAAAUAGCUAGUGGCCUUUCAAAGCCCCGCCCGGUGUAUCCUGAAACGCAGUUGAAGCUUAAGUUUCACCACCGAUCGGCAAUUGAUAGUAUAGCGACAUCGCUAGAUUGAAUUCGGGUUUGACGGUGACUAACAGAUUAUGAAUGAAUGAUUCUGGUGGGAUCGCC